AUGUGGCAGGUUCUUCGUGCAAACAGAGUGACCGGAGCAGGUCAGGGUUACCGUGUUCAUCAUGGACCUGCAUCUUUGGUACAUUACAGAGCAGUUUCAGCUGUUCCAGCUGUUCCAGCUGCAGCUCCCGACAGCAGCAGGAACUUCUGUCUGUCCAGAGAGAAGCUCAACCUGCAGCAGCUCAACAAGAGGCUGGCUGCGUACCUGAAGCAGGUCAAGUGUCUGGAGGCGACCAAUCACAGGCUGGAGCGUCAGAUCCAGGAGGAGCUGGACAGGAAGUGUCCCACAGAGCUGAGACACCUGGACGGAUACCUGAAGACAACGUCCCUGCUGCAGAAACAGAUCGGUGAGUGUCUCUCGGCCGAGGCUCAGGUGAAGCUGCAGCUGCUCAAUGCAGAGCUCACCGUCUUCGACUUCAACAUCAGGUGUGAGAAGGAGCGUGAGCACCGUGGAUGUCUGGAGGCUGAGCUUGGUGACCUGAGGAUGCUGGAGGAGGUGCUGAAGGUGCACACACUGCCGGAGCUCCACACAGUGCUGAGCGAUCAGAGGCAACAGCUGAUGGAGCUGCAGAUGCAACACAAACAGGACACGCAGGGUCUCCUGGCCCAGCUGUCAGGGGGCGUCUCCGUGGAGAUGCAGUCCGCUGAGCCAUCAGACCUGACCCGGCAGCUGGACGUCCUGAGACAGGGGAGUGUGGCGCUGCUCGACAAGAACCAGAACGAGUGCUGGUCCAAUGCCCAGGUGUCCAUGCUGAUCCCUCCAGAGGUGACCUUUGACCCUGCAGCAGGGUCAGAGGUCGUGCAGGCCAAGCUGCAGCAGCUGAGGAGGACUGCAGCGAGUCUGGAAGAAGAGCUGACACACCUGCAGGCUCAGGUGAGAUGA